CCGGUAUACAGUGGUAGCAUAUGGACGCAAGUCACUCGUGUAGAAAAAACCUCUGUAUGCAAUACAUCAGACCUGACGUGGGGAACAAGCCGUCGAACAGAACGUCCUCGUCGGCAACAACUUGUGCCAACCAGCCACCUAUUACAAGAUCUGUCAGCAUUCUCAGGCCACCACUAUCUGUUAUAUCUCAGUCUCAGACACACAGGCCGCCGGAGCCUACCAGUGAUUGGGUUUUACGAGAGGUUCUUAUCGCCAGCCGCUGGAUGUGAUGUCAAGAUCGCUCCGAGGGCGGCGAGCAGCAGUUACCUGACAAAUGCCGGCAACGUGCGAUAAUUUCGGUGAACGUGAUAAGUUAUGUCGGUCAGCUUAUUCGCUUCCGUGGCUUCCACAAAUGACGUUACCGCGAUUGUCAAGUCCGGAUAGCCAGUGACAAGGCGAUGCAUCGUGUACUCCAGGUACGGCCUUGCUUUCUCCCCAGAUGCAGCGGCACCAAGGAUGCUAACGCAACGUGGCAAGACCGACAGCAGAAAAUUUACUAACGCCUCGUGUUUGACCGUGGCUCGUGUCUCUGAGCUUCC